AUAAUAUUUAAUAUAAAGUUGCAAUAUAGGAGCUUUUAACGCCAUAGUACGCCUAUAAACACACAUGUGAAAGGAGAAACAUUUUAUUUGAUUACUAAAUUAAAUACUAACGUAUUUCUUUUUAAAUAAAAAAAUGUUCAAAUGACAUAAGUAUUCAUGAGGUGUACAUUUAUGAUUCUUCAAAAUGAAAAUAUUUAAUAUUUACAUUCGUCAAUUAAAAACAAUGUCGCAAUCUGACAUAGCAAAAAAUAUAAAAGAUAUUAAUGAACGAAUUAAACAAGCAUAUUUGAGGAGACCAAAGACAAUCAAUACAGCUUAUCCGUGCCUAGUAGCUGUGAGUAAAACUAAACCUGUCGAAUUGAUAUUGGAAGCUUACAAAGGAGGACAACGUCAUUUCGGAGAAAACUAUGUCCAAGAAUUAGUAGAAAAGGCAGCAGAUAAGAGAAUCAGAGAAACAUGUCCCGACAUCAACUGGCAUUACAUUGGUCAUUUGCAAAGUAAUAAAAUAAACAAAUUGCUUUCGGUGCAAAACUUAUACAUGAUCCAAACAAUUGACAGCAUAAAGCUUGCAGAUAAUUUAAACAACGCGGUUUCAAAGAAAGAAACCAACUAUCAGCUAAAAGUAUUGAUACAAGUAAAUACAAGUGCUGAGUCAGAAAAGCAUGGAGUGUCUCCCGAAGAUGCCUGCAAUAUGUUUAAAUAUGUGAAAGAAAAGUGUACUAAUUUGGUUGUAAAAGGUAUUAUGACUAUCGGAUCUUAUGGUCAUAGUUUGGAAGAGGGACCAAACCCUGAUUUUCAAGUUUUGAUGAAUGUUUACAACCAUAUUUAUAGUUUGACAGCCGAUGAAAUUAUUGUAUCUAUGGGGAUGUCUAAUGAUUAUGAACAUGCUGUUGAAGUAGGAAGCUCUAUGGUGCGAAUUGGAAGCUCUGUUUUUGGAGAACGAGUUUAUCAAAAAAGUUAAUUUGUUACCUAAUGUUUUGACUAUAUUUGAAAAUUGAUUAAAAGAAAACAAAUUAAAUAUAAUAAAAAUCAACAAAAGCUUAAAAACAAUUAGGCUGAGACUUGGAACCAUCGUCGUUAGUUGAGAAUCAUUUUUCCUAAAAAAUAUAAAAACUGCACCAAAGUCUACACUAAACAUCCUUUAAUAGUGAAUGUUGAAUCCAUAUACUUUAAGUGUAAACAUAUCUAUGUAGUAUAAUUAUAAUAUUAUGUGGAUGUAAAUAAAUACUAUAGU